UGUAGAGGCCGCGCUGACGGCGCAUUUCCGUUUCCGGCGCUGUUCAUGCGGGCCUGAAGAGCAGUGGCAAGUGUGAACUCGAGUUACUUGAGAAUUGGUAAAAAGCCACUAUGGAGACUAAGGACCAGAAGAAACACAGGAAGAAGAACAGUGGGCCCAAAGCUGAGAAGAAGAGGAAACGGCAUCUGCAGGAUCUCCAGCUUGGGGACGAGGAAGAUGCCCGGAAGAGAAACCCCAGAGCUUUUGCAGUCCAGUCUGCUGUGCGGAUGGCUCGGUCCUUUCACAGGACUCAGGAUUUGAAGACAAAAAAGCAUCACAUUCCAGUGGUUGACCGAACUCCACUAGAGCCCCCGCCUAUAGUGGUGGUGGUGAUGGGGCCUCCAAAAGUUGGAAAGAGCACUUUGAUUCAGUGCCUUAUUCGGAAUUUUACCAGGCAGAAGCUGACGGAGAUCAGAGGCCCCGUAACAAUCGUGUCAGGUAAAAAGCGCAGACUCACCAUUAUUGAAUGUGGGUGUGACAUUAACAUGAUGAUUGAUCUGGCUAAAGUAGCGGACUUGGUUCUGAUGCUUAUAGAUGCCAGCUUUGGGUUUGAAAUGGAAACAUUUGAGUUUCUAAACAUCUGUCAAGUACAUGGCUUUCCUAAAAUUAUGGGCGUCCUCACUCACCUAGAUUCCUUCAAGCAUAAUAAACAACUGAAGAAGACAAAGAAGCGAUUAAAACACAGGUUCUGGACAGAAGUCUACCCGGGUGCCAAGCUGUUCUACCUCUCCGGAAUGGUACAUGGAGAAUAUCAAAACCAAGAAAUUCACAAUCUGGGUCGUUUUAUUACAGUUAUGAAGUUUAGGCCUCUUACGUGGCAAACCUCUCACCCUUAUAUCCUGGUAGACAGGAUGGAAGAUUUGACAAACCCAGAAGAUAUCCGAACAAAUAUCAAGUGUGACCGAAAGGUGUCUCUUUAUGGUUAUUUAAGAGGAGCGCACUUGAAAAAUAGAAGCCAAAUUCACAUGCCAGGUGUAGGAGAUUUUGCUGUGAGUGACGUCAGUUUCCUCCCAGACCCCUGUGCACUUCCUGAACAACAGAAGAAGCGCUGUUUAAAUGAGAAGGAGAAGUUGGUUUAUGCACCUCUCUCUGGAGUUGGUGGUGUGCUGUAUGACAAAGAUGCUGUCUAUGUCGACCUUGGUGGCAGCCAUGGUUUCCAGGAAUCGGACGAGGUGAGGCCCACCCAUGAACUGGUCCAGAGUCUCAUUUCUACCCAUUCCACUAUUGAUGCCAAGAUGGCUUCAAGUAAAGUGACACUUUUCUCUGAUUCUAAACCACUGGAGUCAGAGGAUAUAGAUAAUCAAGGGCUGUGGAUGCCUAAAGAGGAAAAGCAGAUGGAUUUGAAAACUGGUCGAGUGCGUCGGAAAGCCAUUUUUGGAGAUGAAGACAAUGAGUUUGGAGAUAGUGAUGAUGAAGAUGAUGAAGAAAUGUCUGAAGGUGACAGGUUGGAAAAUAACUCUAGUGAUGAUGAAACAGAAGAGGAAGAAGAUGCUGAAAUAUCUGAUAAAGAGUAUAUGACUGGUAAAGGUGUCAAACGGCAGAGACUUGAGGAGAUGGAAGAAGAUGUUGAAGUGGAUUUGCCAGCAUUUGCUGAUAGUGACGAUGACCUUGAGAGGAGCUCAGGGGAAGAAGGAGAAGCAGAGGAAGCUGAUGAAAGCAGUGAAGAAGAGGAUUCCACUGCAGAAGGAGAGAGGGAUACUUUAGAAUCUAAGGCUGUUGGAGAAGGUGGUAAACGAGCACUGUUACAAAAUAAUGGUUUGAGUGACGGUUUGAAUCUGGAGAAGUCUUUGACAAUGAAGAAAGCGACCCUCACCACUUCAGAUUCAGGUCAUUGCACAGCUGAAGAGGCAUUUGUAUCUGAAGAUGAAUCUGAAGAAAGCUCCUCUCUCACUACAGAGGAAGAGGAUUCAGAAAAUGAAGAGGUUACUAGGAAAAAGUUUCCAAAGUCUGCUCAAGUGGUUAGUGGUCAGAAACUGGGGUCAGAGAACUUAACUGAUGAGAUCAGUGAUGUAGAAGACUUACUCAAAGAGGAAGAAGAUUACAAGGAAGAAAAUAACUAUUCCAUGGAAACCUCAGGGGCCCUCAAGUGGAAGGAAGACCUUUCCAGGAAGGCAGCAGAGGCCUUUCUGAGGCAGCAACAAGCAACUCCAAACCUUCGAAAGCUUAUUUAUGGGACAGUGACAGAAGAUAAUGAAGAAGAUGAUGAUACAAGGGAAGAGCUUGGAGGGCUGUUUCGUAUCAGCCAGCCUGCCAGAGAGUGUAAGCACAAGGCUGACUCUCUGGACUGCUCCAGAUUUCAUGUGGAGGCGCCUCAUGAUUGGGAUUUAGAGGAGGUUAUGAACAGUAUCAGAGACUGCUUCGUGACUGGGAAGUGGGAAGAGGAUAAAGAUGCAGCCAAGAUAUUAGCAGAAGAUGAGGAGCUCUAUGGUGACUUUGAAGACCUGGAAACAGGGGACGUGCACAAGGGAAAAUCAGGCCUGGAUACUCAGAUUGAAGAUGCAGAGGAAGAAGUUAAGGAAGAAAUUGACCCCAGCGCAGAGGAAAGUGCCAAGAAGAAGCAUUUGGAUAAAAAGAGAAAAUUGAAGGAAAUGUUUGAUGCAGAAUAUGAUGAAGGAGAAAGCACAUAUUUUGAUGAUCUUAAAGGAGAAAUGCAGAAACAAGCACAGGUAAGAAAACUCAGUUCCUGUCAGCCUCAUUCAAGGUCGAGAUGCAGAUGUCCUAUCACUCCACAGGGAACUGGGUUCUUGGCAAUACAGUCUGUCAGUGGCAUAAUGCCUGAUUUCCGGAUAGCUGCCACAGGAGUUGUCCUUGAUCUUGAUAAAUCCAUAAAAAUUGUGAAGAAGUUAAAGCUAACUGGUUUUCCAUUUAAAAUUUUCAAGAAUACUUCAUUCAUUAAGGGAAUGUUUAAUUCUGCCUUGGAAGUGGCCAAAUUUGAAGGUGCUGUGAUUCGAACUGUCAGUGGAAUAAGAGGACAGAUCAAGAAAGCGCUCCGAGCUCCAGAAGGAGCUUUCCGGGCCAGCUUUGAGGAUAAGUUGCUGAUGAGUGAUAUCGUCUUCAUGAGAACUUGGUAUCCUGUCUCCAUUCCAGCCUUCUAUAACCCAGUAACAUCUUUGUUGAAACCAGUUGGUGAGAAAGACACCUGGUCAGGAAUGCGAACAACUGGUCAACUCCGCCUCGCCCAUGGUGUCAGACUAAAGCCCAACAAGGAUUCUCUGUAUAAGCCAGUUGUGAGGCAAAAGAAACAUUUUAAUUCACUGCACAUUCCAAAAGCCUUGCAGAAGGCACUGCCGUUUAAGAACAAGCCCAAGACCCAGGCAAAGGCAGGCAAGAUGCCGAAAGACAGGCUGAGACCAGCCGUCGUACGGGAGCCUCAUGAAAGGAAGAUCCUUGCACUGCUGGAUGCUCUGAGUACCGUACACAGUCAGAAGAUGAAGAAGGCCAAGGAGCAGCGGCAUCUGCAUAAUAAAGAACACUUCAAAGUGAAGCAGAAGGAGGAAGAAGAGAAACUGAAGCGACAGAAGGACCUCAGGAAGAAGCUCUUCCGAAUUCAGGGUCAGAAAGAGAGAAGAAAUCAGAAGUCUAGCUUGAAGGGGCCUGAGGAGCAGUCACAGUGAGCUCCAGGCAGAUAGACUGUCGUUUGGAUCUGCAGAGAUGGUUUCAAAUAUUGUAGUCCUUGUAAAUGAGAAGUCAGGGGACGAGCCCCAGAAAGACGUCUUUGUUGGCUAUAUCGCCCAGACUGUGCCUUUGAGAGGAGAGGUGGAAGCUCUGCUGGUAGGACACCUGUUCAUUCUCAGCAUCUAGGUUAUGUCAGGAUUAAAGCAAUAUAAUUUAUGAUUUUGUAGAUUCCCUCACAUUCCUCUUACCUGUCUCAGUUUGAUUAUUUGUGCUACAAAAAUAUCAUUAAAAUAUUUUCCUGUUAA